CUUGAUAUUCUAGACUUGAUGAGAAAAGAAAAUGAUUCUAAGGUGACAGAAUUUGUCCUUCUGGGUCUAUCAUCCUCCUGGGAACUCCAGCUCUUCCUUGUUUUCAUGUUUUCCUCCUUUUAUGUUGCUAUCAUCCUGGGAAACCUCUUGAUAAUGGUGACAGUGAGAGCUGAUGUUCAUCUGCUACAAUCUCCCAUGUACUAUUUCUUGGGCCAUCUCUCCUUCAUUGACCUGUGCCUGAGCUGUGUUACUGUUCCCAAGGCACUGGCAGGUUUCCUACCACAGGGCAAGACCAUCUCUUUUUCAGGAUGCUUGGCCCAGAUCUACUUCCUCCACUUUCUUGGAGCUAGUGAGAUGUUCCUGCUGACAGUAAUGGCCUAUGAUAGGUAUGUUGCCAUAUGUGAUCCUUUGCACUACCUGAUAGUCAUGAACCACAGGUUAUGCCUUCAGUUGGUGUUAGCCUGUUGGUGUGGGGGCUUCAUCCACUCUAUCACACAGGUCAUAUUGGUCAUUCAGCUGCCUUUCUGUGGUCCCAAUGAACUGGACAACUUCUACUGUGAUGUCCCACAGGUCAUCAAGCUGGCCUGCAUGAACACCUACCUGGUGGAAGUCCUGAUGGUUUCUAACAGUGGUCUGCUGUCUCUUAUCUGCUUCUUGGUCUUGCUAUUCUCCUAUGCGGUCAUCCUGAUCACCCUGAGAACUCGCCUUCAUCGGCGCCAGAGCAAGGCACUCUCCACCUGUGCUUCCCAUGUAACAGUGGUCAGCCUGAUCUUUGUGCCAUGUGUAUUUAUUUACCUGAGACCUUUCUGGAGCUUCUCUGUGGAUAAGGUAUUCUCUGUGUUUUACACAGUGAUCACACCUAUGUUGAACCCCUUCAUUUACACACUGAGAAAUACUGAUAUGAAGACAGCUAUGAAGAAGCUGAUAAAAAAUCAUGUGCCAUUCUGUUGCCUUGUUAAAGGGUGA